GCGGGGUGCAGCUGGAAGGAUGCUACUGUCGCCCGUGAUGUAUCUAUCGCCGGCAGGACGUAAAUGGACUAUUGACGGCGAAAAGAGAAGAGGAAUUAGCGAGAAAGGCCUGUCGCCGUGAGCUCCAAAGAUGGCCAGGCUCGCCGACUACUUUGUAGUGGUCGGUUACGACCUCGACAAGCGAGUGGAUGGCGAAGGUCAGGGUCGCAUUCUCCAGCGGUUUCCUGAGAAAGACUGGGAGGACAGCCCGUUCCCACAAGGCGUAGAGCUGUUCUGCCAGCCCAAUGGUUGGCAGCUGGUUCCCGAGCGACAGCCCGCCUCCUUCUUCGUAGCGGUUUUGACUGACAUCAACUCGGAGCGUCACUACAGUGCCUGCUUCACCUUCUGGGAGGGUCUGGACAACUCGCAGCUGCAGAAGGCGGAGGCCAGCGAGGUGGAUGAGGCCGACGAGGUGGUGGCCGUCGUCCAACCUGCUCAGGUUUUUGCCCCCAAGAGCCUGGUGCUGGUGUCCAAGCUGGACUACACCGAGGCGUUCAGGAACUGUCUGGGUUUGAUCUACACCGUCCAUGUAGAUAGCCUGCCUGUCCCCUUGGAAACGGUGAUAGGAAACCUCCUCACAUGCGUCAUCCCCAUCGCUGGAGGCUCCCAGAUAAAUGAGUCCCCAGUUUGUAGUUUAGACAAGGUUCCUCAGGUGCUGGCCUGUGACUGGCUGCUGGCCUGUCUCCAGCCGGGCCAGGAGGAGAGAGAGGAGAGUUUGCGGACGAUAACAUUAGGCGCAGGUGAUCGUCAGGUCAUCCAGACUCCCAUGAAUGACUCCCUACCUGUCAGCGGCAGCAGUGUGGCUCAGCUCUUCAGACAGCUCGGUAUAAUCAACGUGCUGUAUCUGUUCUGCGCCGCUCUGACUGAACACAAGAUCCUGUUCCUGUCCAGCAGCUACCAGCGACUAACGGACGCCUGCCGGGGGCUGCUGGCCAUCAUGUUCCCCCUCAAAUACAGCUUCACAUAUGUCCCCAUCCUGCCGGGGAAACUCCUGGAGGUCCUGAGCACCCCCACUCCCUUCAUCAUCGGCGUCAACUCGUUCUUCCGCUCCGAGACGCAAGAACUGUUGGACGUGAUCAUAGCAGACCUGGACGGUGGCACAGUAACCAUCCCAGAGUGCGUCCACAUCUCCCUGCUGCCUGAACCGGUCCUCCAGCAGACCCAGACUGUGCUCUCCAUGGUUUUGGAUCCAGAGCUGGAAAUUGCUGAUCAUGCCUUCCCCCCGCUGUCCACGCAACCCUCCAAACUCAAGAUCCAGGAUAAGGAGAUCCGGGGAGUCUUCUUGUGGCUGUUUGCUCGGCUCUUCCAGGGCUACCGUUGGUGUUUACACAUCAUCCGCAUUCACCCCGAACCAGUCAUCCGCUUCCAUAAGGCUGCCUUCCUGGGCCACAGGGCGCUGACGGAGGAUGACUUCCUGGUGAAGGUGCUGGACGGCAUGGCGUUCGCAGGCUUCGUGUCAGAGAGAGGGCCUCCGUACAGAGCCACGGAUCUGUUUGAUGACCUGGUAGCCAAUCAGGUGGAGCGGAUACGACAAGAGGAGACGUGUCCGCACAAAGUCAUGAACCACGUCAAAGAGCUGGCUGAGUUGCUCUUCAAAAACGAGAACCCUUACCCGUCUGUGUCCAUGCACAAAGUCCAGCGGCCGUCAGAGAGCAGCCAGAACUCAGCACAGAGUCGGUCGGCCUUCCCCGUUCUGGACGAGGUGGCGGUGCAGCUGUUCAUCGACCACGCGGCCGCCAAGCUAAAGACCGCUCCGCCCGUGGUCAAGGCGGAGGUCAAGGACAUGGUGCCGUCCGGGCCCCCGCUGGGAGACUUUGUGGACAGGAACGGCCACGUGAUGGCCAACAGCGCCCGAAGGCUGGAGGUGGUCCGGAACUGCAUCACAUACAUCUUUGAGAACAAGAUGCUGGAGGCCAAGAAGCUGAUGCCGGCCGUGCUGCGGGCGCUGAAGGGUCGGGCGGCUCGGGUUUGCCUGACGCAGGAGCUCAAUCAGCACGUCUUACAGAACCGGGCGGUGCUGGACGACCAGCAGUUCGACUACAUCGUCCGCAUGAUGAACUGCACCUUACAGGACUGCUCACAUAUUGAUGAACACGGGAUUGCUGCUGCCCUCCUCCCAUUGGUCACAGCCUUCUGCAGAAAAUUGGGAGCAGGCAUCACUCAGUUUGCCUACAGCUGCGUACAGGAGCACACGGUCUGGACCACCAUGCAGUUCUGGGAGGCCAUGUUCUACAGCGACGUCCAGAACCACAUCAAGGCUCUGUACCUGGAGACAGAAGACCAGCAGAACAACUCGGAGCAGCAGGACGGCUCGCAGAUCGGCGCCCUGGAGCUGGCGUCGGAGCAGAACCGCAUGUGGCCGACGCUCAGCAAGGAAUUGCAGACGGAGCGCGUGCAGAAGGAGGAGAGCACGGUGUUCAGCCAGGCCAUCCACUACGCCAACAGGAUGAGCUACCUGCUGCUGCCGCUGGACACCAGCAAGAACCGGCUGCUCAGGAACACGGGCCUGGGAGACGUGGAGAGCGUCACCAACAGCUACGUCACCAACAGCAUCGCAGGCAGCAUGGCGGAGAGCUACGACACGGAGAGCGGCUUCGAGGACGCAGAGAGCUCAGACGUGGCCAACUCCGUGGUGCGCUUCAUCAACCGCUUCGUAGACAAAGUGUGCAACGAGAGCGGCGUGACUAACGAGCACCUAAAGGCUCUCCACGCUAUGAUACCAGAUAUCGUUCAGAUGCACAUCGAGACGUUAGACGCAGUCCACAGGGAGAGUAAGCGACUGCCCCCGAUCCAAAAGCCCAAGCUGCUGAGGCCGACCCUGUUGCCGGGAGAGGAGCUGGUGAUGGACGCCAUGCGGGUGCACCUGAUCUCAGACGGGCGCGAGGAGGCCACGGGGCUGAUGGGAGGUCCGCCUCUGCUUCCUGCCGAGGGAGCCAUCUUCCUCACCAACUACCGACUCAUAUUCAAGGGCACGCCCACCGACCCGCUGGUGGGUGAGCAGGUGGUGACUCGCUCCUUCCCCAUCGCCUCUCUGACCAAGGAGAAGAGGAUCUCCGUCACUUUACCCAUGGAUCAGUUUGUCCAGGAGGGGCUGCAGCUACGAUCCUGCACCUUCCAGCUGAUGAAGAUCGCAUUUGACGAGGAGGUGGCGUCAGACCUGGCCGAGGUCUUCAGGAAGCACAUGCACAAGCUGCGUUACCCUCAGCACGUACAGGGAACGUUCGCCUUCACCGUGGGUCAGUGCGGCAAGCUGGCGGUGGAGCACAAGACCAAGGACAAGAACCAGUCGCUCAAGACACUUUCCAAAAACCUGGUGAAGAGCGCCAAGAAGACCAUCGGCCGGCAGUACGUGACCAAGAAGAAGUAUUCUCCUCCUACCUGGGAGAACCGCAGCAGCUUCCAGUCUGAGCUGGACGAGGACGAAAUCUCAGUCUCAGAGGAGAUUGACCAGAGCUCCCUCACCCUCUCCUCCACCAUACGCUCCUCGGACAGACAGACCAUGAGCAAUGUGGUAGAGCGAGCCUGUUGCCGCGACUACCAGCGUCUGGGCCUGGGCACGCUCAGUAACAGCCUGACCCGCUCCAAGAACGAGCCCUUCAGGAUUUCUACUGUUAACCGCAUGUACACGGUCUGCAGGAGCUACCCUGGCCUGCUGAUCGUCCCACAGAGCAUCCCAGACAGCACCCUCCAGAGAAUCUGCCGCUGCUACCGGCAGAACCGCUUCCCCGUUGUUUGCUGGAGGAAUUCAAGAACCAAGGCAGUCCUGCUGCGCUCUGCAGGCCUCCACGCUAAGGGGGUGGUGGGCUUCUUCAAAUCCCCCAACGCUUCCAGUUCAGUUCCCUCCCAAGCAGACUCCACCAGUCUGGAGCAAGAGAAAUACCUGCAGGCCAUCAUCAGCUCCAUGCCCUCCUACAGCGAGAGCAGCGGCAGGAACACACUGAGCGGCUUCACCUCCACACAUAUGAGCACCUCAGACUCGUCAGAUAAGCUGAGGCAGCCAAAGAUCGGCGCUCUGAUGAAGCAGGUGAUGAUGGGUAACAAGGAGGACGUUCCUGGAACCUUCAGCAGAGGAGCUCUGGGUCAAAGGGCGAAAGUCAUCUCCCUCUCUCAGCCCAAAGUGUCUGGCAAGGCCAGGACCCCUAAUAGAGGUAAAUGGGGUAGUAUCCGGGGCAGCGGGCGUCUAAGUGCCUACAACCCAGACGUGGGGACGCGUCUGGCAGGGAAAGAGUCUCCACAGCCCAAUGGAGGGCCGAGCGAGGCGCUGUUCUUCCGCCAGCAGAAGGCCUACCUCUACAUCAUCGGAGACAAGGCUCAGCUCAAGGGAGGGAAGCAGGACUCGUUCCAGCAGUGGGAGGUGGUCCCCAUCGAGGUGUGUGACGUACGGCAGGUAAAGAACAGCUUCAAGAAGCUGAUGAAGGCUUGUGUGCCGAGCACCACCACCACUGACCCCAACAUGAGCUUCCUGCGCUGCCUGGAGGAGUCCGAGUGGAUGACCCUGCUACACAGGGUCCUGCAGGUGUCGGCCCUGGUGGUGGAGCUGCUGGAUACAGGCUCUUCGGUCAUGGUGAGCCUGGAGGACGGCUGGGACGUCACCACACAGGUGGUGUCCUUGGUUCAGCUGCUGUCAGACCCCUACUACCGAACCUUUGACGGGUUCCGGCUGCUGGUGGAGAAGGAGUGGCUGUCGUUCGGACACCGAUUCAGCCACCGUGGAGCUCAGACGCUCGCAAGCCAGAGCAGCGGCUUCACCCCCGUCUUCCUGCAGUUCCUCGACUGUGUGCACCAGAUCCACCUCCAGUUCCCCAUGGAGUUUGAGUUCAGUCAGUACUACCUGAAGUUCUUGGCCUACCACUACGUGUCCAACCGUUUCCGCACCUUCCUGCUCGACUCGGACUACGAGCGCAUCGAGCUGGGAGUUCUGUAUGAGGAGAAAGGAGAGAGGAAAAGCCCUCAGGUGUGCAAGUCAGUGUGGGACUACAUCGACAGACUGAACAAGAAAACACCCAUUUUCUACAACUACAUGUUCUCUCCUGAAGAUGAUGAGGUGCUGCGGCCGUACACCUUCGUCUCCAACCUGAAGGUGUGGGACUUCUACAUGGAGGAGACGCUGUCGGAGGGGCCGUCCUACGACUGGGAGCUGAGGGGCCGGCCGGACCGCGUGGCGGAGGAGGCGUCUGACAAACCCGACACCAGCGGGCCAAAGUCGCAGCGGCGCAUCGUGUGGCCCUGCUACGACAGCCUGAGCAAGGUGGUGCCCGACUCCAUCACCAAGCUGAUGCAGGACCUGCAGAGCCUGGAGGCCGAGCUGGGACAGACAUCGGAGAAGUGGAAGGACAAGUGGGACAAGAUGAAGACGGCGCAGCGGACUGAGACCAAACUGGAGAGCAAGCCGUCGUUCUCCAGCUCCCUUCUCAUGUCAUCCAACCUGAGCCACCAGCGGCGCUCUCAGGGUGUCUACCUGCAGGAGAGUGGUGUCGGAUCCUCCAUCAACCUGGCUCAGGACUUCGAGGCCAGCGCCACCUCCACGCCCGUCGGAGGCCGGCCGAGCACCAGCACGCUGUACAGCCAGUUCCAGAGCACCGAGAGCGAGAACAGGAGUUUUGAAGGCAUCUUGUACAAGAAAGGGGCAUUGUUGAAACCAUGGAGACCGCGGUGGUUCGUGCUGGACAAGACCAAACAUCAGCUGAGAUACUACGAGACCAGGCAGGACAAGGACUGUAAAGGCAUGAUCGAGCUGGCCGACGUGGAGUCUGUCAUUCCAGGAGCGCCUGCCAUGGGAGCUCCCAAAAACGUUGAUGAGAAAGCCUUCUUUGAUCUCAAGACGACCAAACGAGUGUACAACUUCUGUGCACAGGACAGCGCCAACGCACAGCUGUGGAUGGACAGUGUUCAGAGCUGCCUGUCAGACGCCUAAAACAUGGAUGCGGGACUCUUUACAAAAAUUAAAUAAAAGGAGCGAUGCAACCCAGGAACGGAUGAGCAGUGACGGACAUCUCUGCCAGCCAAUCCUCAAGCGGAACAGGGAGAAAGGAGGAGGGUGGGGGAGGGAGGGGGGAAGGGGCCUUUCACCACUUAAAGCUCUGUUCUGUGCGCUAGUGUUGAACUAAUACUUCAUGUGUCACGACGUUUCAGUGUUUUUGUUAUAAAAAAAAGUAAGAAAAAGACAAAAAAACAACAACAAACAAACAAACAGACAGAUGUCCCUGAAGAACCACUCGCUGUUGUCUCAUCAUGUAGCUGCAGCCUCCCACCUCCCCGACAGUCUGACCACUUUCAAAAUAAAAUACAAUGCAUGUUGUUGCAUUUGUGAGCGGUCCUGCAGCUCAAGACACAGCAUGAAGAUCUAUUCCAGACCCUCCACCACAACCCCGCUCUCCCUUCUCUGCUUAACCCUGCUCGCCACGUUCAAAACACUCCGGGGGAGGAAUGACGGAGGAGCUGCAGUCUUUAGCCGGAAGAAACGGAUCUUUAAAUAAAAAACAAAAACAAACAACUUUUAAUUUGGCGGGUUGACGGACCAAAGCAACCCAGCAGCGAGCGCUCAUCCUUCCGGUCUCAAGAGGUCUCGGCUCUUUUUUGCCUCUCACUGCCUGAUGUAGCCCCGUUUGCAGUAUAUUUAGAGGAAGUUUUAGGGGAAGUGGAGCGCGUUGCAGCACGUGCAACAAAAGAGGGGGGAGGGAGGUAGGAGGGGGGGCGGUGCUCCUUAACGGUUCAUGAAGGAUUUCCUUUUUUUUUUUUUCCCCCACACACAUAAAAAAUCUCAAACUAGCACGAGAAAGAGAUCAACGUCAUCAGAGAGCGCCAGGCGAUGAGGAUUUAUAUAUACAUAUAUAUAUAUAUUAUACACAUAUAUAUAUAUAUUACUGUGAAAGCCACGAAUCAGUCGCAGAGAUCAAACAGAGCGCCAGUUGGAGAUUACAGUCAGCGUGCGUCGAGUGUUUACAAAGCAGAUAAAAAAACUUGCCCCUCACUAAGCUAAACUCUGCUCCUCACCUGCCUCUUCUCAACACAACCACUAUUCACAUUCAGUUUUUUUUUUUUUUUUUUUUUGAAGGGAUGCUGAAGGAAAAAGGAGGGAUAUAUUUUGUCGUGAUGUCUUACAAAAAACAAAUCUAUAGAAGGAGAUCCGGAAGUUAGGAGACUAAUGAAUCGAGGGGGUAUUCAUGGGAGAGACUACAGUUUGUUUGAGAGAGAUGGACAGGAUAAAUGUGUGUAUUUUUUUCACUCUGGGGGGGUCUUGAUGUCAUAAAUGUGUCCUGUGGGUGUUGCUGACUUUGCCAUCGCCACCUUAUUGUGGAGGUGUGAAGAAACAUGAGUCAGCAUAAAUAACUUCUAGCUAGCAACACAAGCCUCUUUAAAAGUUACAUUUCACAUUAAGUUAUUUUGAACGCUACCUAUUUCAAACUACCUAUUCAUCUGCAGUAUUAAACAGUUUAUCAAAUGGAAGCAUACAAAGCAUGAAUCUACUUGUAGUUGUUACUGUAUGGAGAGCUGAUAGUAUUGGUUUUGUUCACCACUCAUUUACACCAGUUUCUUAUAUUAUUUUUGCUUCUUCCAAGUUUCUUGAACCUCUACAAUUAAAUGUGGCGAGUGUAAAGUCAGUCUGAAUGGAUACAGUUAUGAAAACAGGUCUAUGGAAGAUUGAAAAGUAGUGGAAUUAACCCUUUAAUGAUGUCGAGACAGAGGAAAGUCUUUCAAAAACGUCUGCGAGCACCGAUCAGGUUAACACUCAUAAUCAUUACAUUACCACACUCAUUGUGAGGGAUGUUGAGACUCACCGCACCUGUUUUCAGACCUGUGUCGACACCAGUGUUUAAACGUUAGCGCCUGUUGUACAUAGACCAGACUGUUAUAGAGAGUUCUAGAGAUUCAGUACGUUCAACUGGAAGGUUUCAAACAUCAAGUCACUUUUUUAGGUUUUUUUUUGUUAUUUUAAGGUUUGCCCCCUCCCUCACCCCCCACCCCCCCACCCCACAGAAAACCACUCUGACCCACACACGUUUAACACACACACCCUACUCUGUAAAAUAUGGUUAUACUGCUGUCUUUGUUGAAGAUAAAAAAUUUGAAAUUGUAGAUUUUUUUUUUGUGUCUAAUAACUCCUUUGUAUAUACUACUCCAGAUUUGUAUGUAACGUUUAUGGUAGUAAUUUAUUUAACUUGUCUCCUCAGUAAAGAAAGUUCCUCAAGCACCACUUUAUUUUUAAAUUAGGAAUUCAAUGUGCCAUUUUGUUUAUUUUCUGUAUUAAUGUGACUAAUGCUUUUUUUUUUUUUUUUUGGAAAAUGUACAAGUAAACCCUCAAUGUCUUUUUUUUUUUUUUUGGUUAAUACGGUUGUCCUUACUCAACACCAACCGUAUGCAAGAGUGGAAAUGGUGUGUUUGUGAAAGAGGAAGCCUCUGAGCUUUUUUUUUUUUGUUUUUUUUAAAAGGCUGGUUGGAUUUUACUGUGUUGCUCACCCACAGUGCUGCGAUGUUGUGGAUGUAGAUUACUGUGGAAAUAAACGGGAUACGUCGAGUCUUAA